AUGCAGUUGUAUUGCGUCUACUCCAAUGGUAGGUCCGCUGACUGUGGCGCUGCUGCAAAUACGCAGAAGGCAAAGCCUCAGUCUCUGCGGCUGCUGGUGGAGCGGGAGGCUAGGCGUCGUAAGGACCAGGAAACUCUCCUCCUCUCCGAGGAGGAACUUCGAAACAUCUGGUUUUUGAUGAAGGAGAUGGGUGUGGAGACCAACGGGGAGGUGCGCAUCAACUACGAUGGCUUCUCGCAGGUCCUGGUGCGGUGCCGGGAAUGCUUUGGGCCCCAGAUCGACCCCUACUUCAAGGCGUCCUUGUUCCUCAAGUUUGAGCGGGACAACAACGGCUGCAUCUCAGCCAACCAGUUCCUCAACUACCUUAACUUGCGGACUUCCAUGCACCAGAAUCGUCUGGAGCUAUCCGCUUUCGACCUGGGUAACACGGGCAACCUGACCACCGAGCAGCUGGAGGAGUACGUCAAGUCGCUGGUGUCGCAGGUGCCGGCGCUGUCGGACAUUCAGCCGGACUUUCUGGAUCACUACGGCCGCAUCGCGGUUCGCAAGCUGCUGUUCUUCCACGGAAAGAACGGCUGUGUUCGCAUCAGGGACCUGGUCAACAGCAUCGUGCUGCAGGAGCUCAACGAGCUGAAGAACAACCAGCUGCAAGAGCACCAGCUCAUCUCUAACUGGUUUUCGAUUCAGGUGAAGCGCCAACCGGCGCGAGAUGAAAUGGACAUGCUGGCCUUCACGGACUUUGUGCUCGCGUGGGACCACCGCUCACACCCCGCAGCCAUCAAGUACUUUUUUGACAUCUUUGACCUGAAGAAGCAGGGCUACAUAUCCCCGGCGGAGAUCUACACGUUCUUCAAGGAGAUUCACUACAUGUGGGUGCAUGUGAUGAACGAGUACGCCGACCUCAGCAUCUAUGACGUGGUGGAUGAGAUGCUGGACAUGGUGAAACCCAAGGUCUUUGCUUUGCCAAUGCCUGCGCCGGGGUGUGCUGUGUUGUGCUGUGUUGUGAUCGUGCGUGAGCAGAUUACCGCGCGCAUCACACCCGAGGACCUGGCGGUCAGCGGCAUGAGCGGCAUCUUCUUCUCCACGCUGUCCGACGUCAAGCAGUUCUACGACUACAACUACCGGGAGAACCUGAUGCAUCAAGAUGACGACUCGGGAUCGUGA